AUGGCAUCCCUCAGACUCGCCACCAGGGCCCUUUGGUCACUCAAGACAAUCAAGGCCCCUGUCACCUCGGCGCCCGUCCUUACUUCUUCACAGCGCCUAUUGCACACCUCCUGCUCUGUAUCCAACGAGGAAAAGACCGAGGACAACAACGCCGACACGAAAACAGCAGCAGCAGGAGCAGAGGGGGAUUCAGCAGAGGGAGACUCGGCAGAGGAGGCUGGUGCUGUCGCCUCCACGAAGUUGCCAUACAGGCGGAGAAAUUUCCACCAGUGGCUCCAGAAAGGCGGUGCUCGCUUCGCUACCCCAUCGUUCUCAGGACCCAACUUUGUUGGCGAUGUUCCGUUCCCAAUGAACCCCCUGUUCAAGCCGACGCCUCCAAUCUCCAACCUUGCAAAAGAAGAGAUCUACAAGUUUCACUGCUCCGACUCUACAAAGUGGACGCCCCGAUUUGUCGCACAGGAAAAGUUCACCAAGGGCAUGGAACAAUUGAUGGGCGUCAAGGCAGAGCGUUCGGCAGCGAUUGUGGAACCAUUGACGGAUAUUCUGCCCCAGGUCGGCAGUCCCAAGUUUGAGGCUUUGGAUGAGGAUCAAGAAUUCACAGCUGAGGAUGCCGCCAAGGUGCUGAAGCGUCGUCCAUUGGCAGAGAUCAAGGCGCGGCAGUUGGAGGAGGAGAAGCAGAGGCCAUUCCGGCUGAAGGAUUCGAUCAAGGGCGUUGCAAAGGCGGAGGCGCCGCAGACGGUGGCAUUGAGCAGGAAUGCUGCAGAGAGCAAUCCUCGGUUCAAGUUUGAAAUCUUGGACACAUUUGCGAAGGUAAUGAACCGGAGUCAUGCUGGGUUGCCGUUGGUUUAUUUGCCUGUAAUACUCAGACACUUAACAAAUUCUUUAUGUCUCUCUCUUUUCUCCUUUUCUGUUCUUCCUCCUCUCUCUGUAGACGACAUUGAUCAGGGACAAGGACGGCACUUUGUUGCAGGUUCAAAAGUCGUAGGGGAGGUCAUUGGUAAUAGGCACGAAUAG